UGUCAACUUCGAUGCGGCCUCCGUUGAACAAUGGCAUCCCAAUCCGACGCUGAAAAGACGACCACCAAACUCCCAAUUGAUGUUGUGGCACGAUGUACACGGGAGGCACAGAAGGACGGCCUCUUCGCUGGCUUAUCCGCUGGUCUAGUAGGAGCUAUCGUGGGAUCCAAACUCUUCCGUUUCAAUAGGAACACCACUAUCGUGUGUGGAGCUGUGACAGGCGUUCUCGCCGGCUAUCAAUUCAGCCGUGCUUUCCUAUCCUCCAAACUGGCCGUUUUGGAGGCGGAAGUGAAGGCCACGCAUGAUGUUCCGGCACAGCAGGUACAAGACGACGCGAAACCCUGAGGUACUACCGAAACAAUCGAUAGUCCUUCCAUCUUUCCACUUUUGGCGGUUGGUAAUCCGGCGAAUGUGGCUGUUCUCAUUCGCUGGCUGCGCGGACCUCACUUUAUUUCAUAACAAUUCAAAUACGAGGAUUGAACGGGGUUGCUUGAUGAGUCUACCUGACACUUUCACGGAGCCAGGAUUACGUUGUUCACCAUCCAGUCCAAAGCUCUCAAUCUCAGCUGGAUUUACCAACAUCAUCACGCGGAUUGACAGUUGCAAAGUGGCACAAGAUCGUGGUGUAAAACUAUCCACACUGGUCUACACUGGUCCUACCUAUAUUUGUUCCUGGCGUAUCGAAGAGCGACGUCGUGGGUAUCCCUCAGAUAAAUAAGGCGGAAUGUAUACUCCGGUUUAGGCAUCUUGAACUCUAUUUCCUCAUACCCUCUCACUCUAUAGU